AUUUGUUUCCAUUUUAGUUCCUUUUCCCUUCCCCAAAUCUCAACCUUCACCAGCUCUCUCUCUCUCUCUCUCUCUCUCUCUAUCUUCUCCGAUCUAAUGACAGCUCCAAACAUGGCGACGAUCACUGCGUCGCUCGAGAGGUCCCUCCAGAACUGCUCCCUGAACCAUCACGACGGCGGCGGCGGCGGAGGAGCCAGCGGCUCCGCGGGGCUCGGCCGGUCAUCGAGCUCAGACGACGUCUCCGAGAGCCAACCCAACAGCUUCGACUCCACCUUGGAGCUCAACUCCCACAUCUCACUCCCUUACCAUUGGGAGCAAUGCCUCGAUUUAAAGACAGGAGAGAUUUACUACAUUAACUGGAGAACCGGGAUGAAGGCCAAAGAGGACCCUAGAGUAACCGCGGACUACUCGGGGACCUACUAUUACUCCGACGACGACGAAGACAACAGCUCCAACUAUGACUCCGAAGAGUCCUCCUCUGAGUCGUCCCCGCCCUCUUCAUCGACCCGGGAGCCCCCCAAGGUUGCCACAGGCAAGGACCACGUCCUGGUGGUAGCGGGCUGCAAGACCUGCCUAAUGUACUACAUGGUGCCGAAGCAGGUUGAGGACUGCCCCAGAUGUGGCGGGCAGCUCCUCCACUUUGACCGGCCCGAGAACGGCUCUCUAUGAAGGCGCAGGGACGACCAGACUCAAUCCAAUCAAAGCUAAUUUGACACAGCGAGUUGAUUUUUGUUCCGAAACCCGCCGAGAUGAUUUGAUUUUCCAUUUUCUCGUCAUUUUUCUGAUGAUCUUCAAUCCAUUCCACCCCAUGGCUGAAUGGGCCCUGAAGAAGUUCUGGUGUGGAUUGAUGAAAAAUGUGAGACAAAUAUGUUCAUCAUAUCGCUCACUGAAAUCUGUUUCUUUUUUUUUUUUUUCCUUUAAUGUUCUUCAUCAUUCAAUUUCUUCUUAACAUGCUAUAUAUAUUUUUCUUCAUUUCUUAUGAUCGAAGUAUGAAGUUUCCGGUCUGGCCAAUCGAAAGGUCAAUGGUGAAGAAGAGAAUAAUAUUGACGAUGAGUAUUUUGAUUA